AUGAAUGUAUCUUGCGAAAAUUGGGUAGCGGCAGAGGCUGCCCUGGAAAAAUAUUACCUCCCCAUUUUUUAUGGGACGGAGUUCAUCGUGGGAGUCCUUGGGAAUAGUGCUGUUGUUUUUGGCUACCUCUUCUGUCUGAAGAACUGGAAUAGCAGUAACAUUUAUCUUUUUAACCUCUCUAUCUCUGACUUGGCUUUUUUGUGUACCCUUCCCAUGCUGAUGAUGAGUUAUGCCUCUGGAAAACUGAUUUAUGAGGAGGUACUCUGCACCACCAACCGCUAUGUGCUUCAUGCCAACCUCUACACCAGCAUUCUCUUCCUCACUUUUGUCAGCAUUGAUCGCUACCUGCUCAUGAAGCAUCCUUUUCGAGAACACCUUCUGCAAAAGAAAGAGUUUGCUGUUUUAAUCUCUUUGGCCAUUUGGGCUUUAGUGACCUUAGAGCUCCUGCCUAUGCUGCUUUUUAUAAAUCCUGGUACAGCCGACAAUGGCACCAAAUGUAAUGAUUACGCGAGUUCUGGGAACCCCAAAUUCAGCUUCAUUUAUAGCCUGUGUCUGACCUUCUUGGGAUUUCUCGUUCCUCUUUUUGCGAUGUGCUUCUUUUAUUUCAAGAUUGUUCUCUUCCUAAAGCAGAGGAUGAGGCAGCUGGCUGCCUCUUUGCCCCUUGAAAAGCCUCUCAACUUAGUCAUCUUGGCAGUUGUGAUCUUCUCUGUGCUUUUCACUCCCUACCACGUCAUGCGGAAUGUAAGGAUCGCCUCGCGCCUGGAGAGCUGGAAGCAGCCCCACUGCACUCAGGUCGCCAUCAACUCCUUCUACAUUGUGACUCGGCCUUUGGCCUUUCUGAACAGUGUCAUCAACCCUGUCUUCUAUUUCCUUAUGGGAGAUCACUUCAGGGAGAUGUUGUUGAAUAAACUGAGGCACCACUUUAAAUUCCUUACAUCGUUUAGAAGAUGA